AUGCCCUUACCUGAGCCUAAAACAAGUACCUCACAAGGCAAUCAGAAUUCGAGUGAAUCCACCGUUCCAGAAUGCGUAGAAAAGAGCUCAGGUUCGCAGCAAGCAUCAAACACUGGCGAACGAUCACCGGAAGAAGGCAAUCGCAGAGAAGCGCUUACUGGUGACACGACAAAUACAGUGCUCGAUGACUUUGAUCAUAAUGACUUUGAAGACGUUGAUUUGAAUCAUUAG